UCUCUACUCUCACAAAUCCAAAAGAUAUUCGAGUAUAAUAUACUACUAAUACAAUCAAUCUUAAACAUGACAGCACCGGAUGGGGCAUUGGUCACUCACAUUCCUGGCUUCAAUGGCACUAUCCCUUCAAACCAUUAUGCUGGUUAUGUGACCAUAGACGAAACCACUGGGAAGAAAUUGUUUUACUACUUUGUUGAGUCGCAAAGAAGGCCAUCAGAGGAUCCGUUGGUUCUGUGGCUCAACGGCGGCCCCGGCUGCUCCAGCUUCGAUGGCUUCGUCUACGAGCAUGGGCCUUUCAAUUUUGAGCUUGGGAAGACAGGUGAUAGCCUUCCCAUUUUGCAUAUCAACCCUUAUAGCUGGUCCAAGGUUACAAAUAUUAUAUAUUUGGAUUCUCCUUCUGGUGUUGGAUUGUCCUAUUCAGGGAAUGAAACUGAUUACAUAACCGGGGACCUAAAGACUGCUUCUGAUUCUCACACCUUUCUUCUCAAGUGGUUUGAGCUAUACAAGGAAUUCCUUCCCAAUCCAUUUUAUAUAGCUGGAGAAUCUUAUGCUGGAGUAUAUGUACCAACUCUGGCUUCUGAAGUAGUAAAAGGUAUUGAUGCUCGCCUAAGUCCGAUUUUAAACUUUAAGGGUUACAUGGUGGGAAAUGGAGUGGCGGAUGAGGAGUUUGACGGUAACGCCCUUCUGCCAUUUGCGCACGGGAUGGGCCUAAUCUCAGAUGCAUUAUAUGAGGAAGUUGUAGCUGAAUGCCAGGGAGUCUAUUAUGAAUCGAACCGUAGCACUUGUGCGACCAAGCUAGCAGAAGUUGACACGAACAUUGCAGAUUUAAACAUGUAUGACAUUCUAGAGCCAUGCUACCAUUCCAAAGGACCUAGCAGCAGGAUCAUGACUUUAGAUUCAAAGCUACCAUUGAGCUUCCGCAAGCUUGGAGAGACUGAUAAGCCUCUUCCAGUGAGAAAAAGAAUGUUUGGGCGCGCGUGGCCCCUCAGAGCUCCUGUGAGAGAUGGAAUUGUCCCAACUUGGCCUCAGCUUCUCCGAAGUGAGAGUGUCCCGUGUGUGGAUGAUAGAGCCGCCACUUCAUGGCUGAACAAUGCAGAAGUAAGGAAAGCAAUUCAUGCAGAACAAGAAAAUGUCACUGGCACGUUUGACAUAUGUACGGAUAAGAUUACUUUUUUUCAUGACGCUGGAAGCAUGAUCCCGUUUCAUAAAAAUCUAACUUCUCGGGGUUAUCGGGCACUUGUAUACAGUGGUGAUCAUGAUAUGUGUGUACCAUUUACUGGGAGUGAGGCAUGGACAAGGUCGAUUGGAUAUAAGACCGUUGAUGAUUGGAGGCCAUGGAUUGUGAAUGAGCAAGUUGCAGGGUAUGUGCAGGGUUAUGACCAUAACCUCACCUUUCUCACCGUUAAGGGAGCAGGACACACUGUCCCAGAGUACAAACCACAAGAAGCCUUAGCAUUUUAUACCCGUUGGCUGGAGGGCAACACCAUUUGAAGCAUCAAAUACCACUAAUACUACACAAAUAAGAAAUCUUUCAUCCUCUAUUCUUAUUUUUAAGGGGACUCCCACAAUAUAUAGUUGUACACUUUUUUGUUUUAUUUUUGUAUUUCUGCUAAUUUUAAAUAUAAUCAUGCAGUGAAACAAUCAUAGAGUCAUAUAGAACCUUCGCAAAUCCAUGGAAGAAAUUCGUCAAGUUUUG